AUGCCGGUCCCAGGGCUGCCUUUCACCGACGAGCAGCUCUUCCCGCUGCAAAACGGCGUGCUGGUGGCGUGGGCGCUGCUGGCGGUCGCCCCACGGGCGCGCUUCACCAUGCGUGUUGUUACCGCCACCGCGCUCUUCUUCUCUGCGCUAUAUGUGGGGCUGAUGGCGGACGCUAUGGGGAAAGGCGAUACACCAGACUUUUUCUCAUAUGCUGGCGUCUCCAAGCUUCUGUCCAUGCAGCGUGUGGUGCUCCCCGCUUGGAUACACUAUGUUGUCUUCGACCUGUGGACUGGCCGCUGGGAGGUGCUGGAUGCCGGCCGCCGCGGCGUCCCCCAGAUCCUGAUGGCGGUGCCGCUCUUCUUCACGCUGAUGCUGGGCCCUUCCGGCCUCCUGCUCUACCUGGCCGCCAUCAGGCCAUUUUUCCGCGAGCGCCCUGCUGCCAGCAAGCAGGACUGA